AUGGCUAAGAACAAUAAUAUUGCGAAAAGAUGGAGAGUUUUGAGCGGCGAGAAGGAGUGGGAAGGUCUCUUAGAGCCUCUCGAUCUAGACCUCCGCCGCUACGUGAUUCACUACGGCGAGAGGGCACAGGCCAUAGCCGACGCCUUCAUCGCCGAGACCAAAUCCAAGAACUGCGGCCUCUCGCGCUACCCGGCGGAGGGUUUCUUCUCUCACGUCGGCUUAGACAAAGGUAACCCUUUCAAAUACGAGGUGACUACCUUUUUCUACGCUGCCUACGGAGAUCUCGACGGCGGUGGCUCUGAUAAGGUGUUCAAGAAGUCAUCGCCUCCGCUGGCUGAGACCGAGACCUCUAACUGCAUUGGCUACGUCGCUGUGGCUACGGACGAGGGCAAGGUUGCGUUGGGAAGGAGAGACGUGCUUGUGGUUUGGAGGGGUAGCAUGGUGUCCGAGGAUUGGACGGCUGAUUUCGAGUUUGAUUUGGUGUCUGCUAAGGACAUACUUGGUACGACCAACAAUCCAAGAGUGCAUAAAGGGUGGUACUCUGUCUACACUGCCACAAACACUUCUAAGUAUAACCGCACUAAGUAUAACUCAUACUUAGUGCUCAACACUAUGAUAUAUAUGACACUUUAUGUUUCCACAGAAGUGAAGAAACUAAUGUCGAAAUACCAAGAGGAAGAACUGAGCAUAACAGUGACUGGCCACAGCAUGGGAGCUGCACUCGCAACACUCAAUGCAGUCGACAUGGCUUAUAACAAAGUGAACGUAUUUUCCAGCAACCCAAACAAGACUGUUCCGAUCACCGCCUUCGUCUUCGCCAGUCCUCGUGUUGGAGACCGCGGCUUUGGCAGUGUCUUUUCUGAUCUCAACACUGGAGCAAGCCUUCACCUCCUCCGAGUGAAUGAAUUUCUCGACGUUGUCCCCCAAUACCCUCUGAUUUUCCAAGGCUAUGUCGACGUGGGACACUUGCUGCUCCUCAUGGUUCUCAAAUCGCCAUACAUCAAGCCAUUCUUGCAUUUGGUUGCCACCAGAAAGUGGCUGCCGGUUCAUAGUUUGGAGCUUCAUUUGCAUGGAGUUGCAGGAACGCAGGGUGUUUUCGGAGGGUUCAACUUGGAAAUCGAUCGCGACCUUGGUCUCAUGAACAAAGGAGGAGACUUUGUUAAGGAUGAGUAUCUGAAAAUUGUAAGUUGGUGGACUGAGAAGAACAAGUCCAUGGUUCAAAAUGAUGAUGGGUCAUGGGAGCUCAAGGAUUCUCAAGAUCAAUAUAAUUGAGAGAACAAUGAAGCUCAUCAUGAUCAGCUUUUUCCAGAAAAAGUAGCUUUAUUUGAAUUUGGUAUUAUGUAUAGCUCAUUUCUAUGUUGGCAUUCAUGUCCAUCACUACUAAAUAAGAGCUCCCUU